GCAGGCACAGCCUCGUCCUGAACCCGGCCGGCUUGACUCCACUUUUCUAGCUUCCAGGAGAAACCCCACUACCUUUGUAUUCUUUCACGUUCACCGAUGGACGCUGGUGCGGUGGCUGGGUUCUUCCGGGACAAGACCAUCCUCGUCACCGGCUCAACUGGCUUCAUUGGAAAAUUGCUGGUGGAGAAGAUACUGAGGGUACAACCAGACGUGAAGAAGCUCUACCUGCUGGUGCGCGCCCCGGAUGCUGCCUCGGCCGAGCAGCGCAUCCAAACCCAGGUGCUGGGGAAUGAUCUGUUCAAUACCCUGCGAGAAAAGCAUGGGCUCACUGGUUUCCUGAAGCUCAUUGAUGAGAAGAUAGUUCCGCUUCACGGAGAUGUCGGGGUUCAAAACUUCGGGCUUGACAGCUCCAGACUUGAUGCCCUCUGUGAGGAGGUCGAUGUUAUCAUCAAUGGGGCAGCAACUACUAGCUUCUAUGAAAGGUAUGAUGUUGGUCUAGCAUCUAAUGUUUUAGGCGCCAAAUAUGGAUGCGAAUUGGCAAAGAAGUGUCGUAAUCUGAAAAUGUUGCUUCAUGUUUCCACUGCUUUUGUAGCUGGUACCCGAGAAGGACUUUUACCGGAGAAAGCACUCCAGAUGGGUAAAACACUACGGCAGGGAUACCACAUGGACAUCGAAGCUGAGCUGCAGCUGGUUGAGAUGGUCAAGGCUGAGCUCACAGCAGCUAAUGGUGGUAGCUCAGGCCAAUUGAAGGCAACAAUGAAAGAACUUGGCUUAAAGAGGGCCUGCCAUUUUGGAUGGCCAAACGUAUAUACGUUGACCAAGGCUAUGGGGGAAAUGGUACUUGGGCAGCAGAAGGGAGACCUUCCUGUUGUAAUUAUUCGACCCACGAUGGUAACCAGCACUUAUCAAGAUCCAAUUCCUGGGUGGAUAGAAGGGGCAAGGACAAUUGAUGCUAUAAUUGUCGCAUACAAUGAGGAAGCCUUCCCAUGUUUCAUAGGUGAUCGCAAAGACAUAAUGGAUGCGGUCCCUGCUGACAUGGUGGUAAAUGCAACACUGGUAGCCAUGGCUGUUCACUGGAAUGAGAAAUCACAAGCCAUUUACCACGUUUGCUCAUCACUCAGGAAUCCACUGAAUGGAUAUGUUUUUGAGGACGCGUGUAUGGAUUAUUUCUCCAUCCAUCCUCGUGUACUAGAGAAUGGGAAACCCCUUCAAAACAGAAGACCAUAUUUGUUCAAGAGAUUCGCUUACUUCCAUGCAUAUCUGAUCCUGGUGUAUAAGCUACCGCUUGAGAUGUUGCAUGUGGUGAGCCUAUUAUUCUGCGGGUUGUUUUCACAAUAUUACAACAAGCACAAUCAAAGAUACACUUUCUUAAUGCUCUUGGUCAAGCUGUACGCACCAUAUGCCUUCUUCAAAGGACGCUUUGAUGACACGAACUUAACAAAAUUGAGGAUGGAAGUAAAGAUGGUUGGCAAAGAUGGCAACAUAUUUAAUUUUGAACCCAAAUCUAUCGAUUGGUACUCGUACCUCUUGAGCGUCCACGUUCCAGCUGUGCUUAAGUAUGGAUGCAAAAAGAAGGGACGGGAAUAA